UUCCUGGAGCUGCCAACGCGCCUUAAAACCACAAAGCGAGCUAGAAAAAAAACAAAGAAAGAUAAACAACGUAAAUUCACAAAAUUUUAUAAAAAAAAACAAGUUUCCCGAACAAAUAGCAAUGGAAGCGACCAAAACGGCUGCAGAAAAGCUGGCGGAGCGUAAGGCGCGUCUUCUGGAGCUGCACAAGAAGCGGCAGGAGGCCCGGACGGACAACCACCAGGAAGUAGUGGCGGAGGACGCCCGCAAGAAGCUGCCAAAGAACUGGGAGGCACGAAAGCGCCAGGCGGAGUGGAUCCUGGCGGACGACAAGGCGCGCUCGGAUGCGCAGGCAGCUGGCAAGGACUACGAACGGCUCAAGCUCCUCGAGGUUUCAGCGGUGGAUGCUGAUCGCAUCGAGAAGAAGAAGAAGCGUAAGGACAAUCCGGACCUCGGUUUCUCCACCUACGAAGCUCAAACGGCCAGACAGUACAACAGAUUGGUCAAGAGCAUGCCCGCCCGCGACAUGGCCAAAUACGAGAGGCAGAAGGAGGAGCUCGGCGAUGCCUUCUAUGGCGGUGCCCACACCACUUUGCAUUCGAGGACGAAGGACACGCCUGGUGCCAUCAACAACAUGGUGCAGGACCUGGAGCAACAGAUUGAGCGCCGCAAGAAGUACUCCCGCAGGCGAAUUUACAACGACGACGCGGACGUGGACUUCAUCAACGAGCGCAACUCCAAGUUUAACAAGAAGCUGGACCGAUUCUACAGCGAGCACACAGCGGAAAUCAAACAGAAUUUGGAGCGCGGAACAGCUAUCUAAGUUUAGUCUUUCGUUUAGUAAUUUUAAGGUCAAAAUUCGAAGAGUACCUAAUCUGCUUUCUGUACAUUUACUUUUGGUAUAUGUAUGAGAAGCCAGUAAUAGACCAUUUUCUUUUAUAUAAUCUUUAAAAAACUUAAAGGUAAAAAAAAAUGUACAUUGCAUUAGAUUCCUAACUUUCUAAUGUAAUUUCUCAAUAAUUUUGUUCGGAUCGACGUUAAAUUAUACAGAUGUUUUCUCUGAUGGGUAAAAAUAAAAUUAACAAAAAUAAAGAGCGAGUUGGCAGCUCUGCCUGAAAAACAUUUCAAA